AUGUAUUGGUCCAUCUUAUCUACGGUACUAGUUUUUGCAUUAUACUUUUAUUUCACGAGAACGCUGAAGUAUUGGAAACAUAAAAAUGUUAAAGGACCGAAACCAAUCCCGGUUUUUGGAAAUUUCAAAGAUGUUGCGCUGAGAAGAAAGGCUAAGGUAACACUAUAUAAUGAGAUCUAUAAACAAUAUCCCGAAGAGAAAGUAGUUGGACUUUAUCAGAUGACAUCGCCGACUUUAUUGAUACGUGACUUAGAUAUAGUGAAACAAGUAUUGAUAAAGGACUUCAAUUUGUUCCCUGAUCGCGGAAUGUAUUUCAGUAAAAAGGGUUUAGGAGAAAAUAUUAUCCACUGUGACGCUGAAACGUGGAAGAUUUUAAGAAACCAAUUCACCGUGCUGUUUACAUCCAGUAAGUUCAAAAAAAUGUUUCAAAUACUAGACGAUCGGGGUGAUAAAUUCGCAAAUUAUGUUAAAUUUUUUACUAAAAACCAGACGGAACAAGACGUAUUUAAUCUCGUUUUCAAAUACGGUGUGUCUACAUCAAUAGUUACUGCUUUUGGACUCGACGUCGACACAUUUAAAAAUGAAAGUGAUUGGUUUGAUAUCCUAGAUAAAAGUUUUAUAAAUAGCUAUUUAUUAGAAUUAGAUUUAUUGUUUCCCGGACUUUUGACGAAAAUGAAUUUAAGCAUUACAAUUGGAGAAACCAAGAAUAUUUGUCACCAAAUCCUUAAAACUUGUUUAAAUAAAGAAAAUACUUGCUAUAAAACAAAUGUUUUAAACGUUAAAGACGUUCUUAACAAUUUAAGGUCGGAUAACAAGAACGCUGAACAAAUGAACAAAGAAAGUAAUCCUACCAUCGAAAUAACAGACGAUUUGUUAGCGGGUCAGGUGUGGGCAUUUCAUAUGGCGGGAUACAUAAACAAUACCUUAAGUAUGACUUAUACUUUGUAUCAUUUAGCUCGUAAUCAAGACAUACAAGAUAAAUUGAGAAAGGAAAUCCAUGAAGUGAUGAAAAAAUGUAAUGGAACCUUAACUUAUGAGUUGCUAAAAGAAAUGAAGUAUCUUAAAAUGGUUUUUUACGAAACAUUGCGAAUAAAUCCCCCGACACACGCACUUACAAGACACCUAAGAGAAAGUUUAAAGUUGGAGGGGAUGGAUUUAACUAUUGAUAAAGGAUCAACCGUAGUAAUGUGUCCAUACGCAAUUCAGCAUGAUGAAAAAUAUUAUCCCGAACCUGAAAAAUUUAAUCCGGAACGAUUUUCUUCAGAGAAUGCUAAACAACAACAUCCAUGUGCUUUUUUAUCGUUUGGAGGAGGACCUAGAGGUUGUUUUGCCCCACAAUAUGCACAACUUCAAUUCGGCGUAGGUAUUUCGAAACUAUUAAACAAGUUCCGAGUAGAAACUUCCAGAAAUACAUGCAGUCAGCUAACGUACGAUCCGUAUCACGUGCUAGUUAAACCUGCACCAGCAGUGCUAUUGAAAUUUAUAGCUCUGGACAUGUAG